GUCCUCCUGAACGCAUCCCGUGAGUGUGUGGUUUCGUGUCGUCCUCCUGUUUUGUCUCGGAGCAGAGGAAAGAUGCUGGUAUAAAGAAACUGCACACAUGGAUGGAUGGAUAUGAAUAAUUUGGACGUAAACUAUGGAUAGGCCUGUGUUUGGGUUUAAGGAGCACCACUAUGCUUUUACUGGUGUUAACGUUGAUGGUUCCCACAGUCACAAACGCUCUGGAGGUCAUUGGAGGAAGAACGACAACGGUGCAGGGAGGAGCAGCUGUCCUCCACUGUAAACUCAUUGGUACCACAGAGACCCUCACACAGAUUUCAUGGCAGAGAUUGACCAGAGGAAAACCUCGGACGGACAAUUUCUAUACAAUCUCGUCCGACGGACCAAACUAUAUCAAUGGCCAUGAUUAUCGGUUUAGGUUCAUUGGGAGUUUUACAGAUAAAAAUGGUACUCUCCAGUUAUCGAAUGUCACACUGAUGGAUGAAGGCACCUACACAUGUGUGUUCACUUUGUUCCCCAGCGGGAUCCAUGAGACAGCGAUACCUCUUAUAGUUCCUGUGCCUCCGGUCACAAGCCUGAAGGAUGCUCAUCCUGCUUUGGGUAACGACGAGGUCCCUCUUAUUACCUGCACGGCUGCUGGUUCCAAACCUCCUGCAGAGGUGAGGUGGCUCACUGGUACUCUGGGAGAGAAAGUGAGGCUGUCAACCAACUCCAGCCUUCAUGCUAACGGUACGACUACCACAGUCAGCUGGCUGUUUGGAGUGCCUACCAGAGAACUCAACGAUCGUUCAGUCCAGUGUGUCAUCACCAGUCCUGCUCUAGAGAGAGAAGAAACCCUGAACUCCACCAUACAUAUCCACUCUCCUCCUCUGGAAGUGAAUAUCACUGAAAGGUCGGCACACUCCUUUGAAUGUCUCACAGAGGCAUAUCCAGCUGCGAGCUUUACUUGGACGAGAUCUGACCGGUCGUGGCCUCAGUCCGGGGUCCGAGUUGAUGGUUCAACGCUGCAGUUUCUGAGCAUCACCUCCGAGCUGAACGGCCUCUACCAGUGCGAGGCGUCGAACUCGUAUGGGAGUAAACGUGCUUACCUCCGUGUGCAUUUCACCUCAGGAUCCUGCACUGCCAGUUGGACCCUCUUUGUUCUUCUGCUCGUCCUCGUUGUUGCUGCUGUCUUGUGUUGCUUCUAUAAACGUAUGGAAAUUGCAAGAUUCAUACUACGGGAAGAAGGCGGCACACGAGGCAAGAGGCAAAAGGUUCCAACGACUUCCAGCUCACCUGAAGGCCAUGACAGAGUAGAAGAAGAUGGAGGGGAAACAGAGGGAGAGCUUUGAAAUCAGUCGAAGCAACAGAAGAGGAUCACAGCUGGACUGAAGGUUCAUACGGUGAGAUCGUCUGACCUGGCCCUGCUGCUGGCUUUGCUCAGUCGGCUCAGCGGUCUGGUGUCUUCUAUUGUAUCGGCGGCCUCCGCCGCGGUCACCCCGUCGUCGAUCGCCGCCUCCUCUACCUCCACAUCCUCGUCCACCCGCUCCGCUUCCUUCUCCGCAGGCUGCUGCACCUCCUCCUCGUGUAAUAUCACCCCCCCUGUCUCGGUGGUCUGAGCGUAGGAGGGCAGCGCCUCGUCGUACACCUUAGAGAAGUCCUCCAUGGGCAGCACCUUCUCCGACUUCUCCUCCAGCCCCCCCUGGAAGGGCGGGGUCCCCCUGCCCGCCUCCAUGCCGACUUCAGCCAGCGGGUAGAGGUGAGUCAUUUGGGGAACUUUCUCCUCCUCCAGCAGCCUGUAACCUUUGACCCGCUGCAGGGAGGGCACGGCCAGCGGGGGCAGGCUCUUCCCCUGCAGCGGCAGAGGAGGCGCCGAGCCCUCGCCCUGGGCCGGGGCCGGGGCCGGCUUGCGGAAGACAAAGCGGAUCUUCUUCAGGCCCAGGUGGCUGAUCUCCACAAAGUUGAGGAAGAGCGAGACGCAGGCCACGGCCAACAUGAAGAUGAUGAAGACGGUUUUCUCGGUGGGUCGAGACACAAAACAGUCCACGGUGUUGGGGCAGGGCCAGCGGCUGCACUUGUACAGCGGCAGGAUGCGGAAGCCGUACAGGAAGUACUGGCCCACCACGAAGCCCACCUCGAAAAGAGUCUUGAAGAUGAUGUGGCAGAUGUAGGUCCUCAGCAGCGUGCCCUCCAGACGGAACUUCUUGCUCCCCUUUGUGCUCGUCUCCUUGGUGGUGCGAACGCUGCCCUGGUCGGGCGCCAGCGGGAGACGCUCCUCGCUCAGCUCCUGCUGCCGGCUCAGCUCCGCCUCCUCGCGCUCCUUGCGCUUCUCCUCCAUGUGGACGUGGUGCACGGCGUGGCCCACGUACACCAGAGACGGCGUGGACACGAAGAUGAUCUGCAGCACCCACAGGCGGAUGUGGGAGAUGGGGAAGGCCUCGUCGUAGCACACGUUCUCGCAGCCGGGCUGCUGUGUGUUGCACACAUAGUCGGACUGCUCGUCGCCCCACACGAACUCCGCCGCCGUGCCCAGGAUGAGGAUGCGGAAGAUGAAGAGCACCGUGAGCCACACCCGGCCGAUCACCGUAGAGUGCUCGUUUACUUCCUCUAAAAUAUUACCCAGAAAGCUCCAGUCACCCAUGAUCGGUCCGUAGCACUGAAAAAAUGAAGGGUGGGGUGGAAGAGGGGACAC